AUUUCCUCAAUGACAUUUGACAUUCGGCUCCGCGGCGCACUUGGCAGAUCUGCGGAUUCCUUCGAACCUUCAUUUCAAUUUUCUCUAUCAUAAAAAGUGCAGUUGGAUUGUGCGAACUAGAAAUUAAAAUUAUUUCGUGCGAUUUAAUCGAAUAAGAAUGGCGUUUCUCGUUACAAGUAUACGCAGAUGCAUUUGCUUGAAGAGUUUUAGCAGCCCGAACAUUAUCCAAACUGCAUCAUACCAUGCCAAUGUGAUUGAUCAUUAUGAGAAUCCUCGUAAUGUUGGUUCUUUGGACAAAAAAGACAAAAAUGUUGGCACGGGAUUGGUCGGAGCCCCAGCAUGUGGUGAUGUCAUGAAGUUACAGAUCAGGGUUGAUGAAAAUGGCAAGAUCAUAGACGCUAAGUUCAAGACCUUUGGUUGUGGAUCUGCUAUUGCUUCCAGCUCAUUGGCUACAGAGUGGGUGAAGGGGAAGACAGUUGACGAAGCUCUGAAGCUGAAGAACACAGAUAUUGCUAAGGAGCUUUCCUUGCCACCAGUCAAGCUACAUUGCUCUAUGCUUGCUGAAGACGCAAUAAAGGCAGCUCUGUCAGACUACAGGAUCAAACAACAAUCAGAUGAGAAGCAGUAAAAGGAAAAUGGAUAUUGAUGUGAUUGAUGAAGGGAACAGAUCUGUGAUUUUAGUAGGAAUCGUAAGGAGGCAGGACUAGUAUCUAACACAUUAUUAGAAGUAAUUGUAGGUACUGAAGGAAGAGAAUUAAAUUCUAUUUACUCCACAUACUAGAUCAGCACUCAAAAUGUUUUAAAUUAGUUGUAAUGUUAUUGUAACUUGUUAAUGUAUACCGGACUCUUUGGAUCUUAUGCACAAUACCCCUUGAUGUUAAAUUAAAAUUGUAAUGUCUUAGUAAUGUCCUGUAUAGUUGUAGUGAUGUUAUCAAUAGUUCUAAAAUAAAUCUGAUUUAUGAGUUAUA